AUGAUGCCCCCGCGGGGGGCGGCGGGCUCCUGCCGCCGGCGGCGCCUGGCGCCCCUCAACGAGGACAACGGGCGGUUCCUGCUGCUGGCCGCCCUCAUCGCGGCGUACCUGAGCGCCGGCGCCACCGUCUUCUCGGCCCUCGAGAGCCCGUCGGAGGCGGCGGCGCAGCUCCGCUGGAACCGGACCCUGCACAACUUCAGCCGCAUCUUCAACAUCAGCCUGCCGGAGCUGCGCGCCUUCCUGCGGAGCUACGAGGCGGCUAUGGCCGCGGGCAUCCGCGUCGACGCCCUGCGGCCCCGCUGGGACUUCCCCGGCGCCUUCUACUUCGUGGGCACCGUCGUCUCCACCAUAGGUUUUGGAAUGACCACACCCGCAACUGUGGCUGGAAAGGUAUUCCUCAUCAUUUAUGGCCUUUUUGGGUGUGCUGGGACUAUCCUUUUCUUCAACCUCUUCUUGGAGCGCAUUAUCUCCCUCCUGGCAUUUAUCAUGAAGGCGUGCCACGAGAGACAGCUGCGAAGAAGUGGUCUCCUACCUCCCAACUUCCGAAGGGGGCCAGCUAUGUCUGGGGUGGGCAGCCUCGUGGGCUGGAAGCCAUCCGUUUACCACGUGUUGCUAAUUCUGGGAAUAUUUGCUAUUACCCUUUCCUGCUGCGCCUCCGCAAUGUACACGGCGGUGGAAGGAUGGAACUACGUUGAUUCCUUGUACUAUUGCUUUGUCACAUUCAGCACCAUCGGCUUUGGAGAUUUGGUAAGCAGCCAGAACGCUGCAUACCAAAAUCAGGGAUUAUACAGAUUCGGAAACUUUGUAUUUAUAUUUAUGGGGGUAUGUUGCAUAUACUCUCUUUUUAAUGUCAUUUCAAUUGUAAUCAAGCAAGUUUUGAACUGGGUGUUGAAGAAAUUCGAAUGCAGAUGUUGCCCAAAGUGCCAUAAAUCAAGUACCCGCCUCAGCCGUCGCAACGCCAUCACCCCCGGAGCCCGCCUGCGUCGACAAAACAUCUCAGUGGACACUGAUGGACAGUACGACAGUGACACCGAGGGGAGGAGGCUCUCUGGAGAGAUGAUCUCCAUGAGGGAGCUCACGGCAUCCAAUAAAGUCUCCCUGGCCAUUUUGCAAAAGCAGUUGUCCGAGACGGCCAACGGCUACCCGAGGAAUGUUUGUAUCAAUACGAGACAAAACGGUUUCUCUGCAGGGGUGGGUGCUCUAGCCAUCAUGAACAACCGCUUGGCAGAAACGAGUGAUUCUAGACAAAGCAGAUACCAGCAAUACCUGGACACAGGCUGAAGCACAAGAAAUCAGAAGGAAACUGAAGGAACAGAGUGGGACAGUGAAAGCACACUGCACUAGAUUGCACUUUCUUUUCAGGUAAUUUGGGAGUUGUAUUACAUUCUUGAAAUGUUUCUUUUUUCCCUAGGUUUUAUUUUUGGAUAGCCUUGAAAGAAUGCAAUUAACUUAGGAUUUAAAAGUUCAUCUUCCCUGAUACAACCCCCUCAGCCCCCCCUGCAGAACAGCAGCAGUGACUCCUAGCUGGCACAGACCAAGACAUCCCAGUUGCCUGCUGAGAAGUUGUACAGGCAGUGCAGACCUGAGCUCAGACCCCAUGCCCCAGAUUAGUCUUUUGCUGCCUGAGCCCAGGAAAGAGCAUUCAGGAGCAGCAGAAAGCUACAGGACUUGGGACUUCUCUGUGAGCCAGCCCUUAGUGAGACCAAUGAUGGCACAGGUGUGAGCUGGUCAGACAAAGGAGAUACCGAGUUCACCUCGCACAUGUGCUAAUACCUUGCAGAUGAAAAUUAAAAUUUAGGUGAAAAUUAAUGAGGGACAAUGACCAAGCAGCAUCUUCUCUUUCCCCUUGAGCUCAGGGCAGAACAAUUACAAGGAAUAGUUUCUUGGGAAAUCUGUAGCAUGUGGCAAGUCACUACAUUCACUUCUUGGGGUUUGUCUUCCCUGUUUGUGUCUUGGACAAAGUUUGGAGUCACACUGAGAUGUCAUCUGUUUCUCUUUGGUUUCUUCCCAUCUCCAAAGCACAGUUCUCAUUUUGUGCAAAAAAUUUAGAUCGCUUUUUAUUUGCUUGCAAUAAGGAAGGACGUCCUUCAGACCAUAUAGAUGUUCAGAGAAGUAAUCUCAGUGACCUCAGCCGCACAUGGAAGUUUCUGGAGGACGAGGCUGCAGUUUGCCUGUCUCCCUGCAGAAGAAGCAUUGCACAAGUAACUCCCAUUACUGCUAGCAAGACAUAUAAAUGUUCUUUAGGCAGUGGUUGGGGCCAUGCAGCAGGAGGCACAACUGAAAAUGCAAGAUGGGUAUUUGUGCCUCUUUGCUAUGUACAUGCUAGUUGGCAGCCCAAUUAGGAGCUCUGAUUGCAACCAGAAUUACUGGUGGAAGACAGGAGAGAUGUAAGAAUCACACCAAAGCUCUCUGUGACCAUGGUGUCCCAGCACUGCUUCAGCCCUGGCCCUGAGUCUUUUCUCUUCCCCAGCUUUCUGCGGGUGAAAAUUUGGGUAUAUUAUGACCAUUCACCCAUAUUUCAGUCAUGUCUUAGCUUGCUACUGAAAGACAGACUUAUAGCAGUAGUGGAGGUCAUAUAGCCAGGUAUGUAGGCACGGUAUAAACCUGAUUGCCUAUGUGGGAUGAAUUUAUAAUUAUAUGAAAAUUAGCUGUAGCAAUGAGAUUGUUGUCACUUCUUAGUAUUUUUCCAGCCUUUAAAUUGAAAAAUAUUCAGUGACAAAUCAUUGCAAUGAAUGUUCGGAGCUAAUUAAACAAAACCGUAUUUUGCUGAUCGCUAGCAAAUCUAUGGGUAUGGCUUCUGCUCUAAUUGGAUUACUAAUGUGCCUUUCCAAAUCAAUACACAUUUGCAAUGCUAUAUUUAAAUAAUACAAUAAAUGCUAUGUUACAUAAUAACUUCAAUUAGGGCAAAUUAAUACUUGUCUCACACAAAAUAACUAAUGAACUGUGCAUUGCUCAUUGUACAACCGAUAUGCAAUUUCUUUUUGUGUGUGUGAAUAUGUCCAUAUUUGAGCUCAAAUUCUGCUUUCAUGAAUGCUAGGGAAACAGAAACUACAUUGUAGAAAAUAAUGGACAAUUCCACUGAGAUUCCACAAAGGAUAUGCAUAUUAGUACAUACACAGUAAGCGGUUCAUUAUGCAUGAUAAAUAUGUUGUACAGCAACAGCACUGAGGAAGGACUACUUCAGUUUACACAGCCACAGUCUGUGGCUACCAAUAAAGACACAUGCCUUUUUUCUUUCUCUUUUUGUUUAUUAAAUAGGUAACAUCCACCCUGUAAUUAGAAUAAGACUUUAAACCAUCAAAAAGAAAAUGCAAUUGCCCUAAAGUUUGCAUAGCCAAAAAGAGGUCUAAAGUCAGAUCCAGGUGUGUCUCAGACAGCUCCCAAGCCCAGACUCAGCAUGGGAUGCAGGUAGGUUUAAAAUUGUGUAACAUCAUCAUCCCAUGUGUUUUCAGGAUUGGGCUUUCCAGCAGGUGGUGCUUUAUCAAACAGUCUUAAGAAAUACGAAGGUGUUCCCGUAUUCCUUUUAUACUUGGCAAGAUGUAACAGUACUUUUUGAAGCCAGUGAGUCAAUGCAAAAGUAAUGCUUUUAUAACAUACAAUAAACAAUGAGAAAAAAUUACUGCUAUUUCUGACUCUGCAAAUCAAACAGCCAAGUUUUCUCAAUGGGUAUAAUUUCCUAUUCCAUGCAAGUAAAAUUAUGUCCAGAAAAUUUUUGCUUGUGGUAACAUCAAUAGACUGCACAGGCAGUGCAAUAAUUCAGUUCCAAUUUUAUUUUAAAACCUCAGUAUCUGAAAGCACAUCUGAAAAUGGUUUGCAGAUUGUUGGAGGUGGGGAGGGAUUGUGUGUGUAAACAUUGUUUAUUUACAAAAAUAAAAAGUAUUAUUCUACUUAUACAAA